AUGACGGUCAGUGCGGAGGAGCUCUUCAAUGGGCUUGGUCAGCAAUACGAGGAGUCAUACGUCGACAAUGCUGGGCUUGAGGAGGUCAUUGACUGUGCUCUCAAGGAACUCCCACCAAAAAGCCGAGUUCUCGAUGUAGGCUGCGGAACUGGAAAGCCAGUGGCAGCCCGCGUCGCCCGUGCUGGUCAUGAGAUCCACGGUAUCGAUAUCUCACAGGAGAUGGUCAAUAUUGCCUCCCGCCAAGUCAUCGGCCGGUUUGAGAAAGCAGACAUGACGACCUUCCAACCCUCUAAGCAGUAUGACGCUAUCUUCACCAUCUUCUCCAUGUUCCAGCUCUCGCACAGUCAGACAUACUCAAUGAUGUACAAGUACUCUGAGUGGCUGAAGACUGGCGGGUUGCUCGUAUUGGGGACCAUACCCAGCACCAGCCUGGUGGAUGAUGAGGGUCUGUAUGAUGCCUCGGGAAAGGUUGUCCGCCAUGCCGAUCUUCUCUUCAUGGGUAGGAGAUUCCUCGGAACCGUUUAUACUAAGGACGGAUGGCGGGAGUUGUUCCGGGCUGCGGGCUUUAUAAUCCAGCUCGAAAGAUCCUUUACCUUCAACGCAAAACCCCCGUACGACAAGGAGAUCCAAGAUCACUACUUGAUUAUCGCUAAGAAAGUUGUCGAUCACGCGCUUCUGGGGCCAUAUCCGUUCCCGACGUCAUAUCGUGGCCCCCAUCCACUCAGUGAGGCUGCCUGGGCUCCUUUCGCAGAGCGUCUGGUUAGAGAUGAGUUCGACGCAGUGUUGGAAGUGAUCAAAGGGAGUAAGAAGGUCUUGGAUGUUGGGAGUGGCUAUGGGAAGGAAAUUCCCUUCCGCGACAGGACGUUCGACGCUGCCGUCGCCAUGUGGAUUCUUCACUAUGUAGAUGAUCUCGACAAAUCACUACGGGAGAUAGCACGCGUCGUUGACCCCAGCAGGCCAGGUUCUCGAAUUGUCAUUGUUCAGGGCGCUCCGGAUAAUGAAGUGGUCAAUUUAUUGAAUGACAUAUGUGCACCCCUUAGUGCACAGAACACCGCUAUUGACCAUCAGGGGUAUCUGUUGAACGCCGCGGCAACAGUAUUUGCUGAGUACGGCUUUAAUGAUGUUAAGGUCUUUCGUGUCAAUGCGUACUGUGCCUUUCCUGAAGAAGAUCUCACGGAGAGAUGCCAGAAAGCAGCUGAGGUUUUGGCGGGUUUCUGGUUCAGGGACGAUCCAAAUUUUGUGCAGAUGAAGGAGGCGCUAAUCCCGCAUUUGAAGCUGCAUUUUAGGGAUCGUCCGCAUGCGAUCAAUGAUGAGGUUGCUGUUUUGGUGGCUAAGCCGCUGCCAAAUUGA